CUCCGGGCCAGCUCGCACUGGCCGGGGGUGGGGCGGGGGCAGUACCUGCUGCGGAAGCCCCGAAAGCUUUCGCCCGGCCCCUCGCCGCCGCCGCGGGGGCUGGCUGGACUAGGCAGGAAGGCUCGAGGAUGCGGAUGAACCCAAGCGUCCUCGAGUGCCCGGAGGCUCUCCGCCUCAGUUUCCCGCCCGGAGGCAAGGGCGUGCGAGGGGAUCCAGAUAUCCAAGGACCUGAGGUUUCGGCCUCGAGGUCUUGGGCGGGGGACUGGGCAGGCUGCGCGGGGUCCCAGCGAGAGGACAGCUCGGGUGGGCGGCCAGGGUGUUGGGGGCUGCGGGCGGCGGACAAAGCGGCGGCACCACCCCGCGGCGCGGGCCAAUGGAAUGAAUGGGCUAUAAAUAGCCGCCAAUGGGCGGCCCGCGUUGUGCCCCUUAAGAGCCGCGGGAGCGCGGAGCGGCCGCUGUUCGCCUGCGUCGCUCCGGGAGCUGCCGACGGACGGAGCGCCCCCGCCCCCGCCCGGCCGCCCGCCCGCCGCCGCCAUGCCCUUCUCCAACAGCCACAACGCACUGAAGCUGCGCUUCCCGGCCGAGGACGAGUUCCCCGACCUGAGCGCCCACAACAACCACAUGGCCAAGGUGCUGACCCCCGAGCUGUACGCGGAGCUGCGCGCCAAGAGCACGCCGAGCGGCUUCACGCUGGACGACGUCAUCCAGACAGGCGUGGACAACCCGGGCCACCCGUACAUCAUGACCGUGGGCUGCGUGGCGGGCGACGAGGAGUCCUACGAAGUGUUCAAGGAUCUCUUCGACCCCAUCAUCGAGGACCGGCACGGCGGCUACAAGCCCAGCGAUGAGCACAAGACCGACCUCAACCCCGACAACCUGCAGGGCGGCGACGACCUGGACCCCAACUACGUGCUGAGCUCGCGGGUGCGCACGGGCCGCAGCAUCCGUGGCUUCUGCCUCCCCCCGCACUGCAGCCGCGGGGAGCGCCGCGCCAUCGAGAAGCUCGCGGUGGAAGCCCUGUCCAGCCUGGACGGCGACCUGGCGGGCCGGUACUACGCGCUCAAGAGCAUGACAGAGGCGGAGCAGCAGCAGCUCAUCGACGACCACUUCCUCUUCGACAAGCCCGUGUCGCCCCUGCUGCUGGCCUCGGGCAUGGCCCGCGACUGGCCCGACGCCCGCGGUAUCUGGCACAAUGACAAUAAGACCUUCCUGGUGUGGGUCAACGAGGAGGACCACCUGCGGGUCAUCUCCAUGCAGAAGGGGGGCAACAUGAAGGAGGUGUUCACCCGCUUCUGCACCGGCCUCACCCAGAUUGAAACUCUCUUCAAGUCUAAGGACUAUGAGUUCAUGUGGAACCCUCACCUGGGCUACAUCCUCACCUGCCCAUCCAACCUGGGCACCGGGCUGCGGGCAGGUGUGCAUAUCAAGCUGCCCAACCUGGGCAAGCAUGAGAAGUUCUCGGAGGUGCUUAAGCGGCUGCGACUUCAGAAGCGAGGCACAGGCGGUGUGGACACGGCUGCGGUGGGCGGGGUCUUCGACGUCUCCAACGCUGACCGCCUGGGCUUCUCGGAGGUGGAGCUGGUGCAGAUGGUGGUGGACGGAGUGAAGCUGCUCAUCGAGAUGGAGCAGCGGCUGGAGCAGGGCCAGGCCAUCGACGACCUCAUGCCUGCCCAGAAAUGAAGCCCGGCCCACACCCGACACCAGCCCUGCCGCUUCGUAACUUAUUGCCUGGGCAGUGCCCACCAUGCACCCCUGAUGUUCGCCGUCUGGCGAGCCCUUAGCCUUGCUGUAGAGACUUCCAUCACCCUUGGUAGAGUUUAUUUUUUUGAUGGCUAAGAUACUGCUGAUGCUGAAAUAAACUAGGGUUUUGGCCUGCC